AAUUUUCUGGAGUUAUAUAUACAUAAUUUGGUUGGAGUUCGAAAAGGUUCUCGGAAAUGGCGAAUGUUUCAACAUCAAAAGGAAGAUGGAGCAACCUUUCGAAAUAUGCUUCUAGAAUUUUCUCUGUCCUCAUCUUCCUCCAGGUCCCUUUGUUCAGGGUGCCAUGCAGAUCUGGUAUGUGCUCAACGCCUAUGGAAGUCACUUCUUCCCAAUUGAUUUCCAGUGAGAUCUUUCCUCUUCCAUUAGUGAAGGCCAUGCUCUAUCCGGGUGCAGUUGCUAAUUGCUUAAUCACAAGCAGGACGGUUCCAAGCUGGGAUAAUCUGCUAAACAUCUACAACCUGACAAAUGUGAAGGAGGCCUCAGCUGUAACUGACCUACAACGCUUGGAGGUUCUUGCCGGAAGCUAUUUUUGUGUGGCUGGAGCUCUUAUUGGGAUAUUAAAACCUGGAAGAAUGAGCAUGUUUGGGACGCUACUUAUUGUUUGGGGGCUUAUCAAGGAAGGGAUACUUAACAAGCCGACAAAAGUGGAUGUGUAUGUGUAUGUGUACCCAACAAUGUUGCUAGCAUUGGUAUGUUCUUUCAUGUCUGUGAAGUAUAAUAUGAAAAAGGUGACAAGAGGUGCCCCAGCUAGACCUGUUGCAAAACCUCUGAAAAGUUCUUCAAAAGCUAAGCUGAAAUGAGCAUCAUUUCUCAUUCUCCCCGUACUGCUGAAAUGUACUUACUUGUCUCGACUGUAUUAUGUUAUGUAAUUGUAAUAGACGAGAAGAGAAAUCUAUAUUUCACUCUCAGGAAUAUCACAUGUGUUAUCUGUUUUUGCUUAGCAAAAUGAUGAAUUGUAAUAAUAUCUUGUUUGAGUUGUUAUUAUUCUUACAGAGA